GUCGACGAAUUUUGUGCUUUGCAGAAGCAGAAAAAUAAUUUAGUGCUUUGAGCGUUCCCUAGCAGGCUGGGUGAGGGCUCCACUGAUUCUCCGUCAACAUUUACUUUUUCUACCGACAGCUGUAGAGCUGCCGAGUGCAGUGGGCGUUGAAGGCUCUCUGCAGUGUUCGGUAUUUUGGUUGGUAGGGAUCCGUGCUUUCUGCUUUUAUGUUUUCCUCUGCAGAAACCCUACGACAAAUGGUACAGCCCUCAUUGUUGUAGGACAACCCGGAGGACUUUUUAAGGCCAAUUUCACUUGCGUCGGCCAAGAAAAAGAGAAAACGCUAUUUUUCUGAAACGUUCGCUGUGAAAGCUUGAGGGGCGUGCAAGCUUUGCAUGUCAGCGGAGGCCAGAUGGUUCGCCGCCAUGGCUGGCAGCUUCCCGCCCAUACUUUUCAGGUCGUAGCUAUUACAGUGUUCUUCUUGCUGGUAGUUGCCUUCUAUGCCUUUUUUGCACCCUUCCUAGGCAAUGAUGUGCUGGAGUAUGCAGCUAUGGCAGUUUACACUACUAUGGCGCUGGCCGUAUUUCUUCUAUAUGUUCGAUGCACUGCGAUUGAUCCAGCAGAUCCUGGUAUUUUAUCAAACUUUGGUCAUACAUCCUUUUCUCCAGAUAAGACAAAGCAAGGCUUGUCACCAAGCCCCUUAGUAAUUAAUCUAGGCCAAGGUGGGGCUAAGCAAUCUCCAGCAUUUUCAUCCAACAUUGGAAGCCCUUUAACCAUUCAGUCAGAAAAAAAAGUACCUUCAGAAGCUGGAAACAUGAAGUUGGCAGGUGCUGGAGACAGUGGGAAGAAGAAUUCUGAAGUUUGUUUCCUCAGCGUUGUUGGGUGCUUGCUUUGUGGGUGGCUUUUUAGAGAUGAUAGCUGCCAGAAUGAAGGUGUUCAACAGCAGCAUGUGAUAGAAGAGGAUGCUUUGUUUUGUACAUUGUGCAAUGCAGAGGUGCGCAAGUUUAGUAAACACUGUAGAAGUUGUGACAAAUGCGUGGAUGGUUUUGAUCACCAUUGUCGGUGGUUGAAUAACUGUGUUGGAAAGAAGAACUAUGUAACAUUUGUCUCACUUAUGGCCACCAGCCUUACAUGGCUUGUGCUUGAAUGGGGAAUAGGUAUUGCUGUUCUGGUGCGCUGCUUUAUUGAUAAAAGAGGCACCGAGAAUCACAUAAUAGAAAAACUUGGCGAUGUAUUUUCAUUGGCCCCAUAUGCUGCUAUUGUGAUAUUAUGUACAACAGUGGCAUUGGUUGCUUCAAUACCACUGGGGGAGCUUUUCUUUUUUCACAUUAUAUUGAUUAGAAAGGGCAUCACAACGUAUGAAUAUGUUGUGGCAAUGAGGUCACAAAAUGAGCCAACAGCUAUUUCUGCAGAAGGUGAACCUCAGAGUAUACCUUCAUCUCCGACCAGCUCAACUGCAACUGGCUUAAGUGGGGCAAGUUCUCAUGGUCUACAUUAUAAAGGUGCAUGGUGUACACCACCCAGAAUUUUUGUUGAUCAGGAUGAAAUUAUUCCACACUUGGGCCCUGGCCAAGUGCCAUCAACUGUUGAUCCUGAUGAUGUGGCUGUUGUAAAUAGGGCUGCAAACAGGACACAGAAGCACCCUGUUAGGAUUAGUGCUUGGAAGUUGGCUAAAUUGAAACCUGAUGAGGCUAUGCGAGCAGGGGCAAAGGCUAGGGAGUCUUCAUCUAUUUUACGUCCAAUUGGUCCACGAGGAGUGACUGAUGCUGAUUAUUGUUCUAGUGGGAAUGCUAGUAGCAGAAGCAGUAUGAGUGUUGACUUGGCUGCAAAGAAGGAUUCAAGAAAUAAGCGAAUUCAAUCGCCUUUGAAAUAUAGCUACCCUCCGAGUCGAGCUAGCAAAGAUGAUAUUGAAACUGCAACUCAAAGCAUGAGUAGUUACAGCAGUCCUAGUCACAUUAAUGAACUAGCCACACUAAGUUCUCUCUCACAAGAGCACAGAUAUGGUGCAGCAAGUGGGGUGCAUCCAACAAUUUCUGGAAGUCAGAUCCAUGGGGAACCUUUGCCCACCAUAUCAACAAAUAUGUUUAAUGCAAGAGAUACACUGCCAAUUUACAAUUCUGCUCCAGAACAUUCAAUUUAUUUAGGUAAAACUUCUGGAAGUGAUGUGUAUGGAACAUCAACCUUUGAUCGUAUGGAUGAUGGACUGGCACGACAUAACAUUAUGGGGCAGGAGAAUACAAACCAACUAACUAGAGUAGUAAGGGGGAAUCAUAGGUCAUCUGUUUUCUGGGACCAAGGAGCUGGAAGGUAUGUUUCCUUUCCUGUUUCAGGUCGAAAUGAACGUGUACCUGAAAUUGGUCCAAGCUUUCUCACACAGGGACAAGGAUUAGUAGGUACUUCCAUGUCUCCUUUCUCAGAAAAACGCUUCAUGGAGGGUAACAAUGACAGAACAUUUUCAUCUCCAAAUCCUCAUGGAUUAGAGUCACCUUCCUCUAAUGUUCACACAUUCCAUUCACCAACUUCUAGGCCAAUUCCAAAUCCAAAUAGUUCAUCUGUUCAGAGUUCAGGUGCAGAACCUGAAAACCUUCUAUACACUGGAGAAUCUAUUUUCUAUGGUGGUCCUCUUAGUGUACCUUUUGUUGAAAAGCACUAAAAAAAACAAAUGCUUCAAGACCUGAUCCUGAAACAUUGCAAACAUCAUCCAUUAUCAUGUCAUGUCACUUCAGGUUCUGCAUGAAAUGCAACCCUUCUGUGGACUAACCAUGCUAUUACAGUUUCCUGCAUUUGUAUCAUAUGCCCAUGCCAGCAAUUUCAUCAUCAUUUCUCUUCUCAACAGCUGCAGGCAUCAUGCAAUGUAAGGUACUAAAUUAAACAUGUGGGAGUUCCAGUGAUUUUUGCAUGGGUCUAGUAUUCAAGAUAUUUAUUUGAUUUAUGGAAGAGCAAAAAUGAAUACACUCCACCUUCCACUCUUGGAUCAUCUGAGGAUUUGGAUAAUUGCAAGGUGCCUCCUUCGGCUGGCAAUUUACAAUCAAAUUUGUUUACAGGGAAGCAGCAUGAUUUGAGUCUAUUUUCACAAGAAGGCAAUACUUAAAGACAAUGUGAUCUAUUGCAAGCACGGGCAUUUUGCUUUCUAGUUGCUCCUUCACUAAUAGACUAAUGACUUCACUACACUUCUGAUUACUGCCUUUUUGUGUUUUUGUAUAACUUUGUAAGCUAAUUGUAUGAAGGUAGCAGCGAGAAACAAAUUCAAUCAGAUUGCCUUCUCUUUCUAUUUUUUGUUUCUGAGAAGGUUUCCCAGUUGUGUUACAGGUAGGUGCUGAUGCCUGAUUUUUCAAGCCAUCAUACUACUAUACUGGAUGCUCAGGAAUGUGUCAUGAUUUCAUUCAUAUGUAGAAAUCACAUCUUUCAUCAUACAGCAAUUUCUGAACACUAGUGAAUUUAAAUCUUCAUGCA